AUGGCUCUCAUCGCCAAUGGGGUCACCAAACGGGAUAGGAUUGCAUUUUCCGGUCAAAACACUAUACAACACAUAAUAUUAAGGUUUUCAGCUAAACUAUUGGGCCUAACAUUUAUGCCAUUGAGUCCUACAUUCAAGAGCUAUGAAGUCUAUGAAGAGGUCCGGAGUGCCGGUACUAACAUUAUAGUCACAUCCAGUGAAGACUAUCAUAAGUUUGAACAGGUUUUUGAUGAUAACAACAACAACACCAGUAACAGGAAUCCCGUCGUAAAACUUGUUGUCGUAUUUGAUGGCGAACUACAACAACAACAACAACAACACCAGGAUAUCAAACAUACAACAUAUGGACAGUUGUUAGUCGAUGGUAGUCGUAUGGGUGGUCAACAAUUGCCGCAAAUACCCUACUAUGAGGUCAAUCCAGAUACGGAUCCAUUGUUUCUGAUACAUACGUCGGGUAGUACCGGGCGACCAAAGUGUGCAAUGAUAUCGCACCGUACGAUCAUUGGUGUGGCACAGGGGAUGACAUUUUUCAUGUCCUCAUUUAACAGCAAAAACACCAACAACAAUACCGGUGCUAAAAACAAGCAAACUGUAUGCGCAAUGCCCUAUCCGUUCGGUCAUAUAACGGCUACAGCUUAUAUACCGUUGCUAAUGAUAUCGGGCGUACAGUUAGUCCUAAUGGAUGAUGACAUCAAUGAUGAUGGGAAGGACCUACUGUUGAUCGAGUCUAUUAAAAAAUAUCGGAUCCAAAUACUGAUGGCUUUACCCAGUUAUGGCCGACGACUGAUUGACCCGAAUUUGGCCCUAAAGUAUGACCUGUCGAGUCUUGAGCUAAUGAUUACCGGUGGGGCCGCCUUUUCCGGACAUAUUGCCCAACAAAUUAUCGACACUUAUUGUAUCAAAUUUAUUGAAACAUACGCUAUGACCGAAUGUUUAUGGGUAAGCACUGGUGGAAACAUUAACGACAAGUUUGAAUCGGGAAAUGUGGGUCAAGUGGCACCGGGAUGUCAGCUGAAAAUUUGUGAUUUAUCUACCGGUGAGCCAUUGGGUCCAAAUCAAGACGGAGAGAUAUGUGUUAGGGGUAACAAUGUGUUUAUGGGUUAUCUGGAUAGCGAUAAUCGUAUAAAUCUGGAGGCCAUCGAUGAGGACGGUUGGUAUAGGACUGGCGAUAUCGGUCACUAUGACCAAAGGGAACGGCUGUUCCUAACGGAUCGGCUGAAAGAAGUGAUUCGUAUAGGUAUUGACAAUCAUUAUGUGAACAUAAGUCCCGUCGAAAUCGAGAUGUUUGUGUUGACUCAUCCGGCCGUUAGUGAAGUAGUCGUUGUCGGUGUCAACAAUUCGGCCGGUUGUCAUUGGCCACGAGCUUAUGUAGUCCGCAAACAACAGGGACAUACAGUUACCGGUGAUGAUAUUGAUAAGUUUGUUGCAGAUACGUUAGCCUAUACUAAGCAAUUGAAAGCCGGUGUUGUGUUUGUCGAUACCAUUCAUCGGACAUCCAUUGGGAAAGUCGACCGAAAAUACUAUAGAAAUUUAGUUAUGAAUGAAAUAUUUGAUUAA